AUGGCAGACAGUGGGUCACAAGGAAGUGAAGUAAUAAAUGUGCUCAUUGGUAAUGAUUAUUACUUUUCCUUCAUUAGGAAUAGUAUUAUCCAAAUUGAUAGUGAUCUAUACCUAGUAGACACAGACUUCGGAUGGGUGAUAUCUGGUCGCCUCAGUAAUGAUAAUCAAGAAGACGACAAUACUUUGACAGUUGUAACCUACCAUCAAAGCAAUAGAGGCUGUAAGUGUUUUACAGAACCUGAUCUACCUUUAAGACAGUCCGAUGUGAAAUUCCUUUGGAGUUUGGAGAAUAUUGGAAUAACUGAUUCGGUAAAGGCCACCAGAGAGGAAAGUGCAGUUCAACACUUUAAUGACACUGUUGUGUAUCAAGGAGGUCGUUAUUAUGUAAAAUGGCCAUGGACAACAUAUCCACCAGAUGUGCCUACUAACUAUGGCCUAGCAUAUGGCAGGCUCAAGGGAUUAGUGCAACGAUUGGAUAAGCCUACACUACAAGAAUAUAAUGAGAUACUGAUGGAACAACUUCAGGCUGAGAUAAUAGAAGUUGUUCAAGUAGACUCAAAUGUGCAAUGCCAGACUGUGCCUCCAGUUAACUACCUUCCGCAUCACAUUAUCAAGCAGAGUGCCAAGCGUGGGCGCAUAGUGUAUGAUGGUUCAGCAAGAUUAAAAGAUCAGCAAAGCCUUAAUGAAUGCUUAUAUAGAGGACCUUGCAUGCUUCAAGAUCUGACGGCUCUGCUCUUGAACUUUAGAGUUUAUAAAAUAGGUAUUAUAGCAGACGUCGAGAAGGCUUUCUUGCAAAUAGGCCUACAGGAAGAAGACCGAGAUGUGACAAGGUUCUUAUGGCUGAAGGAUAUUAACAAACCAUUGUCCGAUGAAAACAUACUACACUUAAGAUUUUGCAGAAUGCCUUUCGGUAUUAUUUCAAGUCCUUUCUUACUGACGGCUACCAUACGUUACCACAUUUCACAGAAAGAUAGCGAGUUGCUAAAAAAGGUAGCGAACAAGUGUUAUGUUGAUAAUGUUGUGACUGGCACUAACACUUCAGAAGAGGCUGUCCAAUUAUAUGAUGAAACCAGAAAAACAUUUGAAGAACUCUCAAUGAACCUAAGAGACUGGACAUCAAAUGAUGAAUCUUUUACCCAGACUGAAUUAUGGAGAAAUGACUAUAAAUGGGACUCGCCACUGUCACAGGAACUAUUACAAAAGUGGAAGAAAAUUGAAAGUAACCUAGGGGAUAUAAAAGAGGUUAAAAUACCACGAUAUGUUGAAGCCAAUGUCAGUGAAGGAUCUGAAAAUGAAUUACAUUGCUUUGCAGACGCUGCUAAAGACUCUUACGCAGCAGUAGUAUAUUUAAGAUCAAGCAAUGGUUCCGAAGUAAAGACAUCCUUUUUAUUAUCAAAAAGUAGAGUUGCACCAUUGGAAAAGAAAAAUAAAAAUGGGAAGAAGAAUGAAAGAAAACUCACUAUUCCACAACUGGAAUUACUCGGAUGUGUAAUCGGAAACCGUUUAUUGACAUACCUGAAAGAGACCAUAGAGUUACCCAUUGAUAGACAAUACUUAUGGACAGACAGCUUAGUGGUUCUCAACUGGAUUCACUCGAAUAAGCUUCUACCACCUUUCAUAGCCAACAGAAUAGAAGAGAUAAAGAGAAAUGUUGGACUAGAGACAUGCUAUGUAAAUACGAAAGAGAAUCCAGCUGAUAUUGCAACCCGACCUGAGCUCUGGAUGCAGAAGAAAAAUGUAUGGCUAGAAGGACCAUCUUUCUUAGCUAAAAGAAAGGAUGAAUGGCCGAAAGAUAUCCACCUCGCUAGCCACCAAAACCUAGCUUCCUUUCCUGCUAUAGUGGAGGGUCUGAAGGAACAGUCUUCAAAUAAUGAUAUGCCUGUAGAACCUUCAGAUAAUGACAUACAGGUGGAACUUUCACAGAAUUACAUACCUGUGGAACCUGUUAAUGAUGAUGAUCCAAGGCCCGACCAGUGUGAAGUAAGAUCUCAGGUUCAGGAGAUAAAAAACCUGCAACAAAGAUUCUUUCCCGAUGAAAUAAAAGGCAAAAUGACGAACCUUAGUAGAAGUCUUGGACUAUUUACAGAUGUUGACGGACUAUUGAGAUGCAAGGGAAGAAUGAUGCAUGCUAAUUGGUCAGAAUACGACAUGAGGUAUCCGAUUCUAUUACCUAGAGACUGCGAAUUCACAAAGAAAGUGGUACAAGAAAUACAUGAGAAGAAUUACCAUGUAGGAGCACCUCAUACUCUCGACCUAGUUCGUCAACAAUUCUGGAUUCCAAAAGGAAGACCGGUAGUGGAGAAAAUACUAAGAAAAUGUACUCAAUGUGUCAAGCAUGGUGGUGGCCCGUACCCACUGCCUCCAACACCGGCCUUACCAGCAGAACGUGCCAAUUAUAGCACACCGUUCACUUAUACUGGAAUUGAUUAUUUUGGACCUGUCUAUGUAGAUACCGAGAAUGGACAGCAAAAGAGAUGGAUAUGUCUUAUGACAUGCUUAGCAGUGAGAGCCAUACACAUGGAAGUCGUUAAGAACUUAACUACAGAUGAGUGUCUUAUGGCUCUGAGGAGGUUUAUGGCUACAAGAGGUGUACCAGUAGCAAUAGUUUCCGACAAUGCACUGUACUUUAAAUUGAGCUCUGAAAUCCUUAAGAGUGAACACUGCGUCAAGAAUAAUAUCAAAUGGAAGUUUAUUCCCCAACUAGCGCCAUGGCAUGGUGCAUUUUAUGAAAGACUAGUGGGGUUAGUGAAGCAUUGUAUGAAGAGAACCUUGGAGAAACUGUUACUUAAUGACACACAACUUCUUACUGUCAUUAAAGAAAUUGAGGCUGUUGUUAACAGUCGGCCUUUGACACGAGUAGGCCCUGACAUGGAUAUAGUUCUUAGACCAUGUGACUUUUUAUCUCUAGGACGUUGUCUAAAUUUGGAGAUCUCAGAGAAUUAUAGACCUGACUAA